CAAACCCGCUUGGAGGCGAAGCCUAUAAAGGCGCUCCCUCAGCUGCCUCUUGUUAGAUGGAGACGACCCAUCCGCCGGUCUCCCCCCCUCCACCUGUUUCAUUUGAGCCUGCCACACUAAAGAUCCACGAAAAAUGGCUCAAAUCUCCCUGGAAGAGGGCAUGCAUGGGCAACUAGCUGAUGCAAGCUACGACAAAGGGCAAUGUUCUGCUCCUUGUCAUGGUCUACACGGAAAAAGGCAUUCUGCUGUAAAGAGCAAUAGUUCGGUGAAUGAGAAAAGAACCAUAUACAUAUGGGACAUGGACGAGACUCUUAUAUUACUGCAGUCUUUGUUGAAUGGGACAUAUGGAGGUGCUUUUAAUGGUUCAAAAGACAUUAAAAGAGGAUUUGAGCUAGGUAAAUGUUGGGCAACGCACAUUCUGCAUGUCUGUGAUAGUUUUUUCUUCUAUGAGCAGAUUGGGGACUUCAGUGAGCCAUAUCUUCAUUGUCUGAGUGAGUAUGAUGAUGGUAGGGAUUUGUCAUGCUAUGAUUUCACGAAGGAUGGCCUUAGUCAUUCUUAUGAUGAUUCGAACAACAGGAAGCUGGCAUAUCGUUACCGUGUUAUGGCUAAAAGAUAUGCUCAGGGUCUGGAUGAUCUUCUUGAUGAAAGGACAAUUAAACUGUGGCAUGAUCUUUACAGUUCGACAGAUCACUACACUGAUGGUUGGCUUUCAUCAGCACGGUCCUUAUUGGCAUGUUGUAGAGGAAAUAGCCCAGAAGAUGGUGCCAAAAACAUUGAUGAAGCAGGUCGAUGCAUCCAUGUCCUCGUCACUUCUGGGGCUUUAGUUCCCAGUCUUGUCAAGUGCUUGCUGUUUCGGCUCAAUGAUUUUAUUCCAUCUACAAAUGUGUACAGCUCUUGUGAUGUGGGAAAACUCCAGUGCUUUUCAUGGAUCAGGGAUCGUUUCAACAAUUCAAAUAGCCAGUUCUGUGUAAUCGGCAAUGGACUUGAAGAAUGUGAAGCUGCUGAGGCCAUGAACUGGCCUUUUGUUGAAGUUGAUAUGCAGCCAACUGGAAACCACCGGUUCCCUGGUCUGUCUAUAAGAACUAUCAAACUACAUAUAGAAGUUGCAUAUGGUGUCCCCAAGUCCGAGAAUGAUGAAUCAUCUGGUAGUGUAUCUACUCAUGUCAUGUAAAUAUAGCAUGAAAUCCAGUGCAUACUCUGGUUUUGUCUAUCUGAUUCUCCAUCUAAAGCAAAGCCGUGGUAGCUUUGUAGAUGACUUUAGUCACGAAUGUGGUAGGCAUAUGUGUAAUACAAGCUAUGCUUUUCUCAUAAAAGAUCUAGUUCCCUUUCCGUGAAA